CUUGCACUCCUUCCCUCCAAUCAUUUUCCUCUGUUUUACUUUCUCACUCUUACUCUCUCUCUCUCUGAUUUUCUUACAGUUUUUCUCUCUGGUUUCCCGGCGAGAGAGAAGGAAGUAGAGGAGUAUAAGAAAGAAAUUUCUCUGCUUCUACGGAACUCUCGCUCUCUCUUUCUCUUUCUCUCUUGGUGUUUAAUUUUCUUUGAUCAAGGACAAAGCUUUGUUUUUCUAUCUGCCAAAUAGUUUGUACCCAUCUUCAAGAAAUGGGUUCUCUUUAACUUCUCUCUCUGUCGCUGUCUCUGUCUCUGUGUGUGUGUUCUUGUUCUCUCUCUAUAAGUAAAAUUUGAGCUUGGAACUGUGUAGGGUCUGCCUCAGCAGAAAUUGACUAGAUGGAGCAAUAUCUAAAGGGUUCUACCUCGGGUCAUUCUGAAGGUCAAUUCAAGAUUCCAUCAGUUAACGUUCCUGGAAAAGUGGGAAGUAGUGUGUGGGGGAUCCCACGUGGAAUUGAUGCAUAUCAUUCAUCAAGUGAUGCAAGCUUGUUUUCUAGCUCAUUGCCUGUCCUUUCACAUGAAAAGUUGAACUUUACUGCAUUGGAUCAUGGUGGUCAAUCUGUUGAGGAUAACUCGCCUAAUUUAGAUAAACUUGACCAAGAUACUGAGGGGAAGGAUCUGCUUGAAGACAUUGAAGAAAAUACAAUAGGAAACAUGCUUCCUGAUGAUGAUGAGCUUUUGGCUGGCAUAAUGGAGGAUUUUGACCUAAGUGAUUUGCCUAAUCAGCUGGAGGAUUUAGAAGAUGAUUUAUUUGGUAGUGGAGGGGGUAUGGAAUUGGAUUAUGAGUCCUCAGAGAGCCUUGGUAUUGGUUUGUCAAAGGUAAGCAUAUCUGAUGGUGUUACUUCGAAUGGCAUUGCUCACUAUGCGCUUCCAAAUGGUGUGGGGACAGUUGCUGGGGAACAUCCCUAUGGGGAGCAUCCAUCAAGGACACUGUUUGUCAGAAAUAUCAAUAGUAAUGUUGAGGACUCUGAAUUGAGAUCUCUCUUUGAGCAAUAUGGGGAUAUCAGAACUUUAUACACCGCAUGCAAGCAUAGGGGCUUUGUGAUGAUAUCUUAUUAUGAUAUCCGAGCUGCUCGUACUGCAAUGCGUGCAUUACAAAAUAAGCCUUUGAGACGAAGAAAACUUGACAUUCAUUUUUCAAUUCCCAAGGAUAACCCAUCAGAAAAGGAUAUUAACCAAGGAACUCUUGUGGUGUUCAAUUUGGAUCCAUCGGUAUCAAAUGAUGACCUUCGUCAAAUAUUUGGGGCUUAUGGGGAAGUCAAAGAGAUCAGGGAAACACCACACAAGAGACACCAUAAAUUCAUAGAAUUUUAUGAUGUUAGAGCUGCAGAGGCAGCUCUUAGAGCAUUAAAUAGGAGUGACAUAGCUGGGAAACGCAUAAAGCUUGAACCUAGCCGCCCUGGUGGAGCACGUCGAAACUUGAUGCAACAAUUAAGUCAAGAGUUGGAACAGGAUGAAAUCCGAAGCUUCCGACCGCAUGUUGGUUCACCAGUGACCAAUUCUCCCCCUGGUAGCUGGCCCCAAUUUGGCAGCCCAGGUGAUCAUAAUCCUUUGCAUUCUUUUAGCAAGUCCCCAGGUCCAGGAAAUCUCAGCCCUAUAAGCAGCAACCAUUUGACUGGGUUAGCUUCAAUUCUGCCACAUCAUGUAUCUACCUCCCCAAAAAUUGCACCAAUUGGUAAGGACACUGGAAGGGUUAACCAUGUUAAUCAGAUAUUCCCCAACACGGGAUUGACGCAAGGUGCUGCCUAUCAGCAUUCCCAUUCCCUUUCUGAGCAGAAAUUCAGCACAAGUCCAGGACCCCUGUCUCCUUUUGGUGAAUCAAAUCUGAAUUCAUCUAGCAUCGGAACAUUAUCUGGUCCUCAGUUUCUCUGGGGAAGUCCAGGUCCUUACUCUGAGCAUGCCAAUUCUUCUGCGUGGCAGACAUCAUCUGUUGGGUACCCAUUUGCAUCCAGUGGACAGGGUCAAGGUUUUCCAUAUGCUGGCCGUCAAGGUUCUUUUGUAGGCUCACAUCACCAACAUCAUGUUGGAUCUGCUCCUUCUGGUGUUCCUCUUGAAAGGCAGUUUGGCUUCUUCCCAGAGUCACCGGACACAUCGUUCAUGAAUCCAGUUGCAUUUCCAGGCAUGGGUUUAAGUCGCAGCAAUGUGAUGAACAUUGGUGCCCGUACAGCUAUGAGUGCUGGUGUCGGUCUUUCAGGAAAUGUAACAGAAAAUGGUUCUCCUAGUUUCAGAAUGAUGUCACUGCCAAGGCAUGCUCCCUUGUUCCUUGGCAAUGGUUCUUAUUUGGGACCUGGAGCAACUGGCAAUGAGGGAUUAGGUGACCGUGGCCGAAGUAGGCGAGUUGAGAAUAGUGUAACCCAGACAGAUAGCAAGAAGCAGUACCAGCUUGAUCUGGAUAAAAUUAUCAGUGGGGAAGAUACUAGGACUACUUUAAUGAUUAAAAACAUUCCUAAUAAGUACACUUCAAAGAUGCUGCUGGCUGCCAUUGAUGAAAAUCACCGGGGUACUUAUGAUUUUCUCUACUUGCCAAUUGAUUUUAAGAAUAAAUGCAAUGUGGGUUAUGCUUUCAUUAAUAUGGUGUCUCCUUCACACAUUAUCCCCUUCUAUCAGGCAUUUAAUGGAAAGAAGUGGGAGAAGUUCAAUAGUGAAAAAGUUGCUUCACUGGCAUAUGCGCGAAUUCAGGGCAAGGCUGCCCUUGUGACACACUUUCAGAAUUCAAGCCUAAUGAAUGAAGAUAAGCGAUGCCGGCCAAUUCUCUUUCACUCAGAGGGUCAAGAGAUUGUUGAUCAGGAACCUUUCCUUUCCAGCAAUUUGAACAUAUGUAUUCGACAACCAGAUGGGUCUUACUCAGGGGAUUCAUUGGAGAGCCCAAAGGAAAUUCUGGAUGAGAGGCCAGAGAAAAUUUAAUAACGUAUGAAAACUACUCUUAGCCUUAAGGAUUGGCAACUAGGAGCUGCUAACUGUUGCAUAGAUGUUCAAGUGUAUAAAGUUGAAAGAGAACCAAGUAACGGGCGUAUAAUUGCUGUCUUAUUGGCUACCUCCACCUUUGAGUGAUGGAUACUUGAAAAUAUUUCAUGAGGAAGUAUCCAUGGAAAAGUGGCAGAGAGCAUUUUGUUUAUAUGUAGAGGUACAAAUUGUUAUUUAACCAGGGGAAUAAGGGAAGCAUAUUGCUGAACUGUGAAGUCUCUCUCCAGCCAUAUGCAUUGCUCACCGGCUUGUGCAUGAUCUCUCCUUUCGGGUUUGCUUUUUAUCAUCUCAGUUUUUUUUUCUGGGUCUUUCAAGUCAAUUUGCUAAUAUCAUUACAUGUGUAUGGUUAGAUGUUUAUCAGGUUUGGGGGUUGUAAAAAGAUUGUGUACAGAAAGGGGACAAACAGAACCAUCAUGUUCAUGUGUUACAGACUUACAGUGUUAUUGUGUGACUUAGAAAAUGUGUAUCUGAGGAAAUAUAUGGUUGUAUA